AUGGCGUCUGGUCAUGGAGGGGCAGUUAUGAGAAAUCUCUGUUAUAAAGCGCCAAGACAUCCCAGAACAGAGCUACCUGCCACGACGAAUGAAAGAACAAGAACUAGUUUAGAAGCUGAACCACCAGCAAACUAUGGUUUGGAAGUGAAUGGUGAUAACAGGCCUUCAUCUUCGCGUAGUCACAAAAGACACCACAAAGGUCAUAAGCCGAAACUGUCAGUUAGGGAGUCGUUGUCGGAGUCUCUACGGGAGCUAGACGAUGUUGACGAAGAACACUUUUACCAGCAUUUGUUGGCUUUGAAAAAUGAACACAAGAAAACUCUAAAAGCGGUUGAAAAACUUUAUUAUACCGAAAAAGACAGACACCUUGCUGGAUUUGAAUUGGAUUCAAGGACUAAAAUAGGUCUCGGCGACUUUGACGAAAGAAGAAUCCCACAGCAUUUUCCUUUACAUGAUUAUAAUCCCUUUGAAGAGAGGGAUAAAGAUAAGAGAGAGGAAAACAUCGAAAUCCCAGUCAUGCCAAAAGAUCUAGUCAAGGACAUGUCAGUAAAAGAUCAAAGAAAAAUAGAGGACAAGGAAAAUGAAGGUAAAAAUUAUUAUUAUUAGGGUCAUUUAUAGAACAAAAAAUAAGACAUGUCUUACAUCAUGAUCAGUGGACAUGAGGAGUUUGCAUCUUAUCUUAUGUAGGGCACAGCUCAUUUUUCCUUUUACAAAUUGCCCCAGUAUUUCUUCUUCGCACUCUAUCUAAACAUUACAAGACCUUGCAACUUGCUUAAAUCUGAAGAUGUUCAAAAUUUCAUAAAGGGCUGUCCACCGUCAAAAUUGAAAAAAGUAACAGUCAACCAUCAAAGCUACCACCCCAUUGAUACUCUCAGAAACGAAAUCGAAAUCGUUGCAUCACUCAUCUUGCUUCUCUUUGCCUUUUUCACCUGUCAUGCGCUUAGCUUCAUAACGACUCUUAUGCUGAUUUACUUGUUGGGUGGGAAACUAGCCUGUACAGUGGUGUUAUUGGGGAUCUGAGCUGGGUUGUGGGAGUCAAGCUGCAUGCACGCUCAUGCCUUAAAAGCUGCCCGAGAAACCUUAAUAAUGAUUGUAGGGGCUUUAUUUGACAAUAAAAUUGUUGAGACUUUGGAGAACAAAAUAAUCCACACCCCUCCCUUCUCCCCUCCAGUUAAAGUUGUGGUGUUUGUGGGUAGCUUGAACAGCAGCACAAUAUUGCAUAGAGGGGGUGGGGAGGGAAAGCCUUAUAUUCUGUUUUUUAAAUUGGCAACAUGUUAAAGUGGCCCUUUAGGGCAAAGUGUUUCAACUAAUUGAAUUGUUGUGGAUUGCAGGAAAAACAACAAAUUUUGGUCAACAUUGCCGCAAGUAUCACAAAAGUAGAUGAGCUCAUUGACAAAAUUAAUCAGGCCCAUAGAAUACUGGACAGACCUGCAAUGGAUGCAGAUUUUGCCGUUGAGUUUCACUUCCCCUCUCAUAAUUAUGAUCUCUUUGCCCUUUCCCCCCAUGUCUUAACAUAUCUCAUGCAGUUUUCACUGUGGCCUUAAAGGAAACUGAAACUACUGCUUCACAGGGUAAUGCGUUCAGGAAAUUUUGUUUUCCUCCUUCCUGAGAAAGACAGCAAUAUAGGGGGGAGGGAGUGUUAUAGGUGCAAAUACUAACUUUUUACUUCAUGUACCCCUCUGCAGGUGACUCUUCUCUAGAGGAGCUGCCAACUCCGCGGAGAAGAUCCUACAGUGAUCCUGAAGCCUGGGACGAUGAAACUAUAAAUUCAACGAGGAAAGGAUCAGACGAUGGGACAGGUUUAUACCAGGAAAUGUAUCCGCGGAGGUCGUCCGCAUUGGAUGUUGUUGAAGACAUGUGGGAAGGAUUCUCCGUUUAUGAUUACCCGCCAGAAUCCAGCCCUCCGCGGGAAAGAAUACAAAAGAAAAAAGAAUGGACUCCGCAGAUAACAAUUCCUAAGCCAUUUGGUAUGACGGUGAGAGAAGCUAAGAAGAAAGCAAAAAUUACAAGAUCGCAGGCGAUUCUUCAGGAGGAUUUGAAAAAGAAACAAGAAAAAGAAGAAGCAGAGCUGCAUAAAAAAUUCCGCGCCCAGCCUGUUCCUGCUACGACCUUUUUGCCUCUUUACGAUGAAAUAACUCGUCAAAAUGAGUUGAGGAGAUACCAAGUUAGGGAGCUCAGCAAAGCGAUUCUAAAAUCUACUGAAAAACCGUUUAAGUUCGUGAAACGCGAAGAAGAAAAGAAACAGCUGCGGCGAACAAAAUCCCUUAGUAAUAUAGCUGAUCUAGAGAACAAAAUGGAAGAAAAGAAGAAGUUUAAAGCGAAUCCUUUUCCUGAUCACUUGUUCGAUUUGACUUUGGCUGACAAGGUGGCUGAGAAGGAAGAAUAUAGAACGAUUAAAAUGCGAAUGCGCGCGCAAGAAAUGCUUGCCGUGUCCCGCUUGCCUCCUAAUAUGGAAGCACGGGGUGAAGAAUACACUUUGGGUCAUUUUCGCAGCAAGUUGAAUAAAGAGGGCAACAAGAACGCCUUCAUGACAAAAGAACACAAGUUUAGACCCCAGAUAAAUCCCGAUAUACCGGAUUUUGACGAUCUGCACAGACAGUUUGAAAAGGAGAUGAGGGACAAGAAAAGAGAACGGGAACCUACUGUGUCCGAACCAUUCAACCUAAGAACGGCGCAUGUGUCCACUGCUCGGAAAUCCAGGUGCUCUCGGUCUCAGGAGAUACCCAUCAGUGGUCGAUCGUCUAGAGAUCGAUCGGUCAGCCGAGAACGACCUUCGAGUGCCAGGCCUCAUACUCCUCACGAUACGCUUCCAUUUGGGUAGGUAUAUAGGAGAGUCUUUGCUGACCUUAUUGUUUAACCAGGAGCCGAUAACCCGGAGAGAGCAACUUCCAUGUACUCGUGUCACGACGCUUUUACCGACCCGGUUAUUUUUAGAACGAUUUGACGCGAAUUUAAAAUGUCUUCUUACAGUCGAAUCUCCACUAACGGCCACCUCUCCACAACGGCCACUGUUUUGGCGGACAGUCCAUACAUUGACUCUUGUUUAAACCUCUUUACAAUGGUCACCUCUCCACAACGGCCACUUUCUUCCCGGCGUGCCCAAUCGAUGAAAUUCAAAACUAGAUAAAAUCGAAUGUAAUCUAUCUUAAUCGAUAGUAAUUAAUCGAUUGAUAUCGGAAAUCGAUGAAAAUUAAAGAUCGAAAGAGUUGUAAGUAUCGAUUUGGCGAAACUAAUGAGAGGUCGAUUUGGAGCAAGUCUGGCUAAAUUGAGUUGAAGCAGAUGCUUCUUAGUUUGGCCUCGCGAGAAAUUAGAGAUCUUUAGAUUCUAAGACAAGGACGACUAUGAGAACAAGAUUUUCUCAAUGCUGAGCAUUGCGCGCGCGUGAAUCAACGUCAUUUUGGCGGGAAAACGUGAAAGCCGGCGUCAUUCUACUACGAGUUUUAGCGAGAAUGUCGUGAUGGCGAAAACGAGUUAUCAAACGUUAGAAGUUUUAUAAUUAUGCGAUUGGGAAAGGGUUUUAAGUUAAAGAAGGGGGAAAAAAGGACAAUGAAGCCUUUCGGGAAGUCUAUUUUUUGAGAAUACGCAAAAAAACUUGAAAGCAAAUCUCGUAGUCGUGGUCGUUCUUGUCCUCAAACCUAAAGGUCUCUUCUGUGUUCAAAGCGCAAACUUUGAGUUCGAAACAUUUAUUUCUUUUCUCUCAUCGCCUCUAACCAGAGAAGCACUCGCUUCAGCUGCAGCGGUGCCACGUGCGUGCUUCUAUGGGUGAAAGGGGCGAUGAGAAAGAAGAAAUAAAUGUUUCUAACUCAAAGUUUGCGCUUUGAACAAAAUAUGAUGACUUGUAUAUUCAAAUGUCUCCAUUUUGGUAAAUAUCCGUGCUAUUUAAAACAACUGAUCAAGUUAAGAUCUACUACUUACUCCCUACGGGGUACUAAUAUUUUAUCACUUCCUAAGCCGUCUACAACCACAUAUGGUCUAAAUUCCUUUAGCUAUUCAUCUGUUAAGUACUGGAAUUCUCUACCUGAUCACUUUAGAAAGACUGUAGAUUAUAGUGAAUUUAAGCGCAAAUUGUUAGUGCACGGUUUUAGUUAAUACUACAUUAAUAUUAUAUUAUAUAUGUUGUAACUUUUAACAUUAGUUAGGAUCGGAGAUACUAGCUAUGUAAGCUACACUAAAAUCCGAGGAUAAAUAAAGUUUAUGUAUGUAUGUAUGUAUGUAUGUAUGAGCCGCGUCUUUAAUCCCGAUGGAAGUCUUAAUUUUUUCCCUAAUAUCUCCUCCCAUUUAUGGCGAGCGAGCGGAGCGUGCUGCGAGAGAACGCGCCCUUCACUUUCGCGUGCUACUCUCGCGUGACUUCUCGCGACUUCCUCCGCUCGCGGGCUGUGUAGACGUAACAGUUACCAUUGUUCUCUUUCAGCACCACAGAGUCCACGCGUCUGCGCGAAAACACGGUUCGCAAGAGCCUUGAACAGCGGCGAGCCAGUGAACAGGAUGAGGUUAAACAAGAACGACGAAGGAGGCGGAGACAGAAGAUGUUAAAACCAGAAGUGACGAGAAAAGUUAUGGCGAAUGAUAAUAGCGGACAGCUGAAAAAAGCCGCAAAGGAAAAAGUUCAAAGUUUCAGGUUAGAACAUUAGUCAUGUUGGACUUUUCCUGGGACGAUGUUUCUGGUAUCAUGCUCUGGUUGUCUUAAUGUUGACAGAUUCGAAGCAUUGAGAGAUAGGAUUCUUUUCGCUGGGUUAUUAUGCAGUCAAAGCUCUCUUGAAGUACAAUCACAUAAGCAGACAGUUCUACUUAGGUCCGCCUUGGCAAAUCCUCCUUUUAGCUUUCCGCUACCAAAUCGUUUCCGUAAGGGGCGAACUCCAAUCUUUCAUAUCUUUUGACUCUUUUAAGUCUUAAAGCCCAGUUCUUUGUAGCCUGCGAGUAGGCUCUUCUGUUCUGUCGAGAACAAAUCACACAAUCCGUCUUUCUUUGGUUAGGGUCUUUUAACUUGUAAUGUACUGAAAAGAUGCCCUUUUAUAAAGCCUUGCAGCUAGUCUAGUUUGUUUGCGUUUUUAUCUCAAGUAAUGAAAAGCGGGAAGUACAUUCGAGCACUUGGUCGUUGAAGUAUUUGCCGGCAAACUGCAAAUAUGUCUGUAUGAUAGAAAAUGUAUCCGAGAACGAUGAAGCAGUAACGUACUUUUUUCUGAACAUGCACACAGCGACAAACAAUAAGGGUAAUAAACAUGGGAAUAGUCACGUGGCCGUCACUGGAACAUGAUGUUGGAAUUCUUUAACCGCUGUGAGAGUGGCCGUAUUUAUGACGAGAGGACUCCUUUAAAAACGCCUUAAGUCGUCUAUUAUACGUGGGCCUGAUCGGCGCUCUUAAUAAAUGUCUUAGACGUCCCCAGACGUUAAAGCCUUUUUUUUAACAUGUCGGCCAAUCGUUCAAUGAUCGUUCAAUGCGUCUAGAUGUCUUAGACGUCCCUUGUCACUGUGCAAAUUAUGUCCAAACUCAUCUGAUAUUCGUGUCCGUUUCUUUUAGGGAAAGUGAUCGAGCGCGUAAAGAGGAAUACCAGCGUGAACUUCAAGAGAUGCAGGAGCGUGUAAACAAACGACCGCUACUCUUUGAACAACAAUCCCAGGCUACUGCGAGACGUGCUGCAGAGCGCAAGUAUGCGGAUAUUCUGCGAAGCGCAGGCGUGGACGAAGCGCUUGUUCAAAACCUGGUUACCAAGGAAGGCGGGAUUGUGGAUGCAGAGUCAGAAGAUGAGCUUCAAGAGACUGGAUCCCAGUUGAAUUACAGCGCGUCCAGGCGCUCUUCGGGUGCUGACUACAGGUUUGACAGUCAGGCUUCUAAUGCAGAAAAGCUGGAGGACACUGAAAGCGAUGUCGAAGAGGAGAUUGAAGAAGAAGAUGAUGAGAUAUAA